AAAAGAUCUCCCCCCUUAACAUGCAAAGAAGAUCGACCGUAAAUUACCAGCCCGUAUCCGGUAUUACCAGACCGAACCACCACUACACCUAUCAAGGCCUAUCGCUUUCCCACCUUUUUUUUUCUCUCGACGCCGGUCUUCAACUCCACCAAAUCCUAUCCUCCCUUCUCCUUCUCCUCCCUCCUCCUCUUCUAGAUCUUUGGGACCUUAUUUCCUUUCCCUCCCUAAUUGCUUGUUUUCUUUGAUUUCCCUUUCUUUCGUGUUUUCUAGAAUCAAUCCCUUCAGUGGGCAUUCAGCGACGACAGUCCCCCCGUCGCGCCGGAUUCUAGACACGUCCGACGACCUACCAUAAUUACCUUCCAAAUCGACCGAGUUCUCGAUACCCCCCCCCCCUUCCCGCCAAACGUUCUUCUCUCUCGACCACAUAUUAUCCCUACCUUCUUCACAUACACAAUUCGCCAUGCGUCCUGAGAUUGAGCAGGAGCUGGCUCACACCUUGCUGGUGGAGCUGCUCGCCUACCAGUUCGCCUCACCCGUCCGAUGGAUUGAGACUCAAGAUGUCAUCCUUGCCGAGCAGCGCACCGAGCGCAUUGUUGAGAUUGGUCCCGCAGAUACCCUCGGUGGCAUGGCCCGCCGCACACUCGCCUCCAAGUACGAGGCCUACGACGCCGCCACCUCCGUUCAGCGUCAAAUCCUCUGCUACAACAAGGACGCCAAGGAGAUCUAUUAUGAUGUCGACCCCGUCGAAGAUGAGCCAGAGCCCGCUGCAAAUGCCCCUGCGGCGGCUGCCGGUGCUUCUUCUCCCGCGGCUGCUGCUCCCGUGGCUGCUGCAGCUCCCCCUCCUCCCAGUGCUGGCCCGGCUGCCGCGGUAGAGGAUAUUCCAGUGACCGCAGUCGAUAUCCUGCGGUCCCUGGUAGCCCAGAAGCUUAAGAAGGGUCUGGCUGAAGUGCCAUUGACGAAAGCCAUUAAGGAUCUUGUUGGAGGCAAGUCCACGUUACAGAACGAAAUUCUCGGAGACUUGGGCAAGGAAUUCGGUUCGACGCCAGAGAAGCCCGAGGACACUCCGCUGGACGAGCUAGGUGCCGCCAUGCAGGCCACUUUCAACGGCCAACUCGGCAAGCAGUCUUCUUCUCUCAUUGCCCGUAUGGUCUCCUCCAAGAUGCCCGGUGGCUUCAACAUCACAGCCGUUCGCAAGUACCUCGAGACGCGGUGGGGCUUGGGCGCGGGCCGCCAGGACGGUGUGCUGCUGCUUGCCAUUACCAUGGAGCCGGCCUCCCGUUUGGGUUCGGAGGGUGAUGCCAAGGCCUUCUUGGACGAUGUGACCAACAAAUAUGCUGCCAGUGCCGGUGUUAACCUCUCCGCUCCUGCGGCCGGUGGUGACAGCGGUGCGGGUGGCGGCGGUAUGAUGAUGGAUCCUGCUGCCAUUGACGCCCUGACCAAGGACCAGCGGGCUCUGUUCAAGCAGCAAUUGGAGGUUAUUGCCCGCUACUUGAAGAUGGAUCUCCGUGCCGGUGACAAGGCCUUCAUUACAUCUCAAGAGACCCAGAAGGCUCUCCAGGCUCAGCUUGACCUGUGGUCCGCGGAGCACGGCGACUUCUACGCCUCCGGCAUUGAGCCUUCCUUUGACCCGCUGAAGGCUCGUGUCUACGACUCUUCGUGGAAUUGGGCUCGCCAGGAUGCCCUCAGCAUGUACUACGACAUCAUCUUUGGUCGCCUCCAGGUGAUUGACCGUGAGAUUGUCAGCCAGUGCAUUCGCAUUAUGAACCGCUCCAACCCGCUUCUCCUCGACUUCAUGCAGUACCACAUUGACAACUGCCCCACUGAGCGUGGUGAGACCUACCAGCUCGCCAAGGAGCUUGGCCAGCAGCUGAUUGAUAACUGCAAGGAGGUGAUGGAUGUGGCUCCCGUUUACAAGGAUGUCGCUGUCCCUACUGGUCCCCAGACCACCGUUGACGCCCGGGGUAACAUUGCCUUCAAGGAGACCCCCCGUGCCAGCGCUCGUAAGUUGGAGCACUACGUCAAGCAGAUGGCCGAGGGUGGCCCCAUCUCCGAGUACAGCAACCGGAACAAGGUCCAGAACGAUCUGAAGAACGUGUACAAGCUCAUCCGCAAGCAACACCACCUGUCCAAGGCCUCGCAGCUCCAAUUUGAUGCUUUGUACAAGGAUGUGCUCCACGCUCUCAGCAUGAACGAGAACCAAAUCAUGCCCCAGGAGAAUGGAUCCGCCAAGAAAUCCGGUGCCAACGGCGUGAAGCGCACUGCCGCCAUUCGUCCCGGCAAGGUCGAGACCAUUCCCUUCCUGCACCUCAAGAAGAAGUCUGAGCACGGCUGGGACUACAACAAGAAGCUGACCGGCAUUUACCUGAAUGUUCUGGAGUCGGCUGCUCGUUCCGGUCUCUCCUUCCAGGGCAAGAACGUCCUCAUGACUGGUGCCGGUGCCGGUUCCAUCGGUGCCGAGGUCCUGCAGGGCCUGAUCUCUGGUGGUGCCAAGGUCGUUGUCACCACCAGCCGCUUCUCUCGUGAGGUCACCGAGUAUUAUCAGGCCAUGUACGCCCGCUACGGUGCCCGUGGCUCCCAGCUGGUUGUCGUGCCCUUCAACCAGGGUAGCAAGCAGGAUGUGGAGGCCCUCGUGGAAUACAUCUACGACACCAAGAAGGGUCUCGGCUGGGAUCUCGACUUUGUCGUUCCCUUCGCCGCCAUCCCCGAGAAUGGCCGCGAGAUCGACUCUAUCGACUCCAAGUCCGAGCUGGCUCACCGUAUCAUGCUGACCAACCUGCUCCGCAUGCUGGGUUCGAUCAAGACCCAGAAGCAGGCUCACGGCUUCGAGACCCGCCCUGCCCAGGUCAUCCUUCCUCUGUCGCCUAACCACGGUACCUUCGGUAACGACGGUCUGUACUCCGAGUCCAAGCUGGGCCUGGAGACUCUCUUCAACCGUUGGUAUUCCGAGAACUGGGCCAACUACCUCACCAUUUGCGGUGCCGUUAUUGGCUGGACCCGUGGUACUGGUCUGAUGGCCGGUAACAAUAUGGUCGCUGAGGGUGUUGAGAAGCUUGGUGUCCGCACCUUCUCUCAGCAGGAGAUGGCCUUCAACCUGCUGGGUCUGAUGUCCCCCGCUGUCGUCAACCUCUGCCAGCUUGACCCCGUUUGGGCUGAUCUCAACGGUGGUCUGCAGUUCAUCCCCGACCUUAAGGACCUGAUGACCCGUCUUCGCACCGAGAUCAUGGAGACCAGUGACGUCCGCCAGGCCGUCAUCAAGGAGACUGCCAUUGAGAACAAGGUUGUCAAUGGCGAGGACAGCGGCGUUCUAUACAAGAAGGUCGUUGCCGAGCCUCGUGCCAACAUCAAGUUCGAGUUCCCCAAGCUCCCCGACUGGGACACUGAGGUCAAGCCUCUUAACGAGAACCUCAGGGGUAUGGUCAACCUGGACAAGGUCGUCGUUGUUACUGGUUUCGCCGAGGUUGGACCUUGGGGUAACUCUCGUACUCGUUGGGAGAUGGAGGCUUACGGCAAGUUCUCCCUCGAGGGUUGCGUUGAGAUGGCUUGGAUCAUGGGUCUGAUCAAGCACCACAACGGCCCCCUCAAGGGCAAGGCCUACUCUGGCUGGGUUGAUGCCAAGACUGGCGAGCCCGUUGACGACAAGGACGUCAAGCCCAAGUACGAGAAAUUCAUCUUGGAGCACACCGGUAUUCGUCUGAUCGAGCCCGAGCUGUUCAAGGGUUACGACCCCAAGCAGAAGCAGCUUCUGCAGGAGAUUGUCAUCCAGGAAGACCUGGAGCCCUUCGAGGCCUCCAAGGAGACCGCCGAGGAGUUCAAGCGUGAGCACGGCGACAAGGUUGAGAUCUUCGAGAUCCCCGAGUCUGGCGAGUACACUGUCCGCCUCCGCAAGGGUGCCAACCUGCUCAUUCCCAAGGCUCUCUCCUUCGACCGUCUGGUUGCUGGUCAGAUCCCUACUGGCUGGGAUGCUAAGCGUUACGGUAUUCCCGACGACAUCAUCAGUCAGGUUGACCCCGUGACUCUGUUCGUCCUGGUCUGUACUGCCGAGUCCAUGCUCUCUGCCGGUAUCACCGACCCCUACGAGUUCUACAAGUACGUCCACCUCUCCGAGGUUGGUAACUGCAUUGGUUCCGGUAUCGGUGGUACCCACGCCCUGCGCGGCAUGUACAAGGACCGUUACCUUGACAAGCCUUUGCAGAAGGAUAUCCUGCAGGAGUCCUUCAUCAACACUAUGAGUGCGUGGGUCAACAUGUUGCUCUUGUCCUCGACUGGUCCUAUCAAGACACCCGUCGGUGCUUGCGCUACUGCUGUCGAGUCCGUUGAUAUUGGUUACGAGACCAUUGUGGAGGGCAAGGCUCGCGUCUGCUUCGUUGGUGGCUUCGAUGACUUCCAAGAGGAAGGUUCCUACGAGUUUGCCAACAUGAAGGCUACCAGCAACGCCGAGGACGAGUUCGCCCACGGCCGUACCCCUCAGGAGAUGUCUCGUCCUACCACCACUACCCGUGCCGGUUUCAUGGAGUCGCAGGGUUGCGGUAUGCAGCUUAUCAUGAGCGCUCAGCUCGCCCUCGACAUGGGUGUCCCCAUUCACGGUAUCAUCGCCCUGACCACCACCGCCACCGACAAGAUUGGUCGCUCCGUGCCCGCUCCUGGCCAGGGUGUUCUCACCACUGCCCGUGAGAACCCCGGCAAGUUCCCCUCGCCUCUGCUGGACAUCAAGUACCGCCGUCGCCAGCUUGAGCUUCGCAAGAAGCAGAUCAAGGAGUGGCAAGAGUCUGAGCUGCUCUACCUCCAGGAUGAGGUUGAUGCCAUGCAGGCUCAGUCCGACGAGUCCUUCAAUGCCUCCGAGUACAUGCAUGAGCGCGCUCAGCACAUCGAGCGCGAGGCCGUUCGCCAGGAGAAGGAUGCUCAAUUCAGCCUUGGCAACAACUUCUGGAAGCAAGACUCUCGCAUCGCUCCCCUCCGUGGUGCCCUGGCCACCUGGGGUCUCACUAUCGAUGAUAUCGAUGUCGCCUCGUUCCACGGUACCUCGACCGUUGCCAACGACAAGAACGAGUCUGAUGUCAUUUGCCAGCAGCUCAAGCACCUUGGCCGCACGAAGGGUAACGCCGUCAUGGGUAUUUUCCAGAAGUAUCUUACUGGUCACCCCAAGGGUGCCGCUGGUGCCUGGAUGUUCAACGGUUGUUUGCAGGUUCUGGACACCGGUCUCGUGCCGGGUAACCGUAAUGCCGACAACGUGGAUAAGGUGAUGGAGAAGUUCGAUUACAUCGUCUACCCCAGCCGCAGCAUUCAGACCGACGGUAUCAAGGCCUUCUCCGUGACCUCGUUCGGUUUCGGUCAGAAGGGUGCUCAGGUCAUUGGUAUCCACCCCAAGUACCUGUACGCUGCCCUUGACCAGGCUCAGUACCACAGCUACAAGAACAAGGUCGAGUCGCGCCAGAAGAAGGCUUACCGCUACUUCCACAACGGCCUGAUCAACAACAGCAUCUUCGUUGCCAAGAACAAGGCCCCUUACGAGGACGCUCAGCAGAGCCAGAUCUUCCUGAACCCCGACUACCGCGUCAGCCUUGAUAAGAAGACCUCCGAGCUGAAGUACUCGACCACCCCUCCCAAGGCUCAGGAGAAUGAGAGCACCCGCCAGAUGGUUGAGUCGCUCGCCAAGGCCAAUGCCGCUGGUGAGAACUCCAAGGUUGGUGUCGACGUUGAGAACAUUGACGCUGUCAACAUCUCCAACGAGACCUUUGUCGAGCGCAACUUCACCGCGUCCGAGCAGGAAUACUGCCGCAAGGCUGCUUCCCCGCAGUCCUCGUUUGCCGGUCGCUGGAGUGCCAAGGAAGCCGUAUUCAAGUCGCUCGGUGUCAGCAGCAAGGGUGCGGGCGCUGCCUUGAAAGAUAUUGAGAUCGGAAGCGAUGCCAAUGGCGCUCCCAUUGUGAACCUUCACGGUGCUGCCGCUACCGCUGCCAAGCAAGCCGGUGUCAAGCAGAUCACCGUCAGCAUCAGCCACAGCGACUCUCAGGCCGUUGCGGUUGCCGUUUCGCACUUCUAGAUUACUCAUCUGGGAUAUGCAAAUCGGAUCCGAGCCUGAUCGCAGAACAUGAAGCACAGAUGCUUGCAAAGAUCUCCGUGGUGAGAUGUUGAUGUUGAUGUUGACCUGACGUGAUGUCUGAUGUUUCGCAUUGUUGAGUUACCCCCCCACUUUAGACGGCCUUGAGCGAGCGAAAGGCAAAAGGCAUGCAGCGAAAGAUAAAACCGAGAAGACUGGAGGAAGAGCGUCUCUUGGCUUUUUUGACGCGCUUAACACUUUUUUUUUCCUUUUGAGACGUGACGAUUUGUUAUUUAUGCCUUGUGUGUUCGUCUUACGUUUCUUUUUUUUUUCUUAUUCGUUAUUAGAUUCGGACCAGCGUCGUCUCCUGGUUCGGUGGUGUUUAUAAUGGGAGUAAUGAUAUGUCAUAAAUUUUCAUUUUACUUACAUUUGUUUGGGAC